AUGUAUGAAUACAAAUAUACAUCCUUUGAAAGAAUCGAGUUGGACGUAUUAAGUGAGGCCCCGCCAAGUGCCAUUCAAGUGGAGAGAACGUCUUCGGACAGACGCGCCUCGGAUAAAAUGGAACAUGGAAGAUAUUCUUUCUCGGCUUGGUUUUUUCUUAGUUUAGUGGAAUUUCUGAAUUUUCCUACUUAGUUUAGAUUCGAGUCUUUCAAAUUUAUGAUCCUAGGAUAAGCGGAAACAUUAUCUCUGACUUUUAAUUUUUUUUUUUUUUGGAUUUUUUCGAACCUUUAGAAAGUUUGGACUAUCUUGUAGAUUAUGGAGGGCUCAUUUUAAUUUUUGAAAAAAACGAGCAUUUUUUACGUGAAAGUUGGUAAUUUUUUUUAUUUGAACUCAGCACAUAAGUUUUAUUUAUGUCGGGUAACCCGGAAUUUUUUUAAAUUAUGGACUUUGUUGAAAUUCCUUUAAAAAAAGGGAUAUUUUUGUGACUUUUUCAUAUUUUUUCUAAAAGUAGGCCAGAAAAAGGAAAGGACAUGCCGAGGCUGACAAAUUGGUCAGCCUACGCAUGGGCUACCUCUUGGAAAAGGCGUUGAAAGAUCAAGUUUGUUACUCGGAUCGCAGCCGCCGGUUCUCUGUCCACCUCAGGCAACAAAUCCGAAGAACUGGCGCUUUUUUCUCGUUCGUUCAUUCUUCUUCUUCUUUCCAACCACCACUCGAAAAAGCCCAAGAGGCGGACGACGAUUAGCAGAAAUCGCAACGGACGAGGCUGUGAGGAGGCGGCGGCGACGACGGCAUUCGCCCUCCUCGAUCGCCGCACUCUCUCGUCUCCCCACGGUUUUCGGCGAAAAGCAUUGUAUCUUUAGCUGGAAUUUGUUUUACAGAGCAAAAUGCCGGGUGGAGCCUCCUCCCGCGGCCUCGGAAGCGACCUCCUCAGCCUUCGCCUAUAUAA